CCUCGACCCCUCUACCAAUAAGUCCUCUACAUCCUCGACCUCUACCUCUACAUCCUUCAAUCCUACCUCUACCUCCUUUACUCUCACCGGCAUCCUCAGCCAGGGUCUAAGACUCUUAAGACUCGCUCCGCGGCAUUCUGACUUACUCUAAUUUUCGACCGAAAACCGGCUCAAACUGAGAUGCAGGCCAUGUCGUUCACCAGGCAGCGAGGGUGCAGCUUGCCCAUCCUCUUGCUCUCAUCCCUCCUCUUCCUAACGGCGAGGAGUCAAUGCCCUCACCCUCAGCCCAUCGACCAGGUCGCCGACUGGUUCAAGAGCGAGGUGCUUCCCAUCUCAAACUCGGCCGCUUUCAACGCGCAGACCCUGAUUAAACACACGCGCAACGCCUCGUCCAUUCGGCUCAGCCUGCGUCCCGUCAUCACCCUCACCGAUGACACGCGGGCCGAGCACAUGGAUGCCGGUAUCUGCAUUACACAUAGCAGCCUCGCCGAUGGGGUUGCUUGUCUUCCCUCGCUCAUCAUCAUGGGUGUGAUGAAAGGAGGGACCGGGGAGCUUGGCUCUUGGCUGACCAUGCACCCGUACUUGAAGCGCUUCAACAGGCACACUAUGGAGGGCGUGUGCGAGAAUCCCGAAGCCCAGUUUUUCAACAAAAUCAACCAACGUGGUUUUGAAAGUGGCUGGCGCAAGUAUGCUUUGCUUGGGUUUGAGAUGGACAGCUUCGCCAACGUCUCGCAUGUAUAUACAUUUGAGAAGACACCGGAUAUUAUCAGCAUGGAUGCAGCCCGAGUAGCGCGUAUGCAUAGCCUGCUGCCGUCUGUGCGCCUCAUUGCUUCUCUGCGUGAUCCGGCGGCCCGAGCGUACUCCCACUUUCAACACAACUGCCGGGAGGGCAGAAUAUUGGUGGGCAACCCCGGCACAAAAUUUGCCGAUCGUGUCAUUGUCAAUGAGAGGCGUGAUCCCCGGACGGUACAGCGUGUCAAUGACUUUUUGAAAGCCAUUGGCGCCACCCGCGAGGACUUUUCCAAGCCAACUGGCUCAUGCACGAGCAAGCAGUUUGAAACUGCCCUGCUGACACGUCUGGACGGGACGCGUGGCACACGUAUCUCGCACAACGAGAGCAUGGCAUUUGCCAUCUUGGAGCGCGGCUUCUAUGCUGAGCAGCUCGAUGUCAUCACGCAGUAUUAUCCUCGCGAUCAAAUUCACCUCAACCUGUACGAGGCCAUGUCCAAGGAUAUGGUCUCUCACAUCAAUGAUAUUCAGACGUGGCUGGGGCUUCCUUUCUUUGAUUAUUCACCGUUGACGCGAAUCAACGCCCGUGGUUACACGUCGCUACAAGCUGUAAAGAGCAAGACGGACAGCAAGCCGUAUGAGAGCCUGGGUGACGACGUGUAUCAGCUGCUGGUGGAGAUGUAUCUGCCCAGCAUGCGGGAUUUAGCCCGCUAUGUAGACAAGAGCCUGUUGCGCAAGCACUGGCCUAUCAAUUGAGCCUGAAUUUUGUC